GCCCCCGAAGGCCCCGAUCAACCGGAUCACGCCACUCCAACCCUUUGCCAGCCGCCGAUCCCCUUCGCCAGCCGCCGCUGCCGAUCCCCUUCGUCGUCGCCGGCGGCGAUGGUUCCGCAGGGCCAGAGCAGCUCCCUGCAGCGCCUCCACCACGUCGAGAAACGGAUAGUGCGGGUGCUGGAGCUUGCGGGGGCGGUGAUGGAAGAGCUGGGCAACCCGCAGGGCCCCCGCACUGAUGCCGUCGGCGCGCACUGCCGCGAGUUCAUGGUCGCUAUGAAGGACAUUCAAACAACGUUGCGUGAAGAAAUUAAAAGUGCUUGUGAAUACCGUCCAUUUGAAAAGUGUGACUACAGCACAAGGAUUGCUAAUGAGAUAUGUUGCAAAAAGCUGGAGUAUGUGAUUGACAAGUUGGAUGCCAUGCAACAGAACAUCGAACAAAGCAUUGAUGAUGUUCAGCAAGCAGAUUGUCUGUUGGGUUAGGAGCAUAUCUGAUUGGGCAGUAUGCAGAAGGAAUGCAGAUGAAGCCUCCGAUUAACUAACAAUAGCAGGAAGCUUUGCAUGACUCUGGGAUUGUAACUUGUGGUUUAUUUCUAGUCCAUUUUUCUGGACAGUGUUCUUCCAAAGUAUUAGCAGCAGCUGUUAAGAACGGCUACCUGCUGAUGCACAGCAGCAAGGAGCUCGGCUUAAGUAGCAUAGGAGUGGUACUUGGGACUAGACAGAGGGACUUUUUGAGGUGGUGUAUUUUACUGAUGAGAAUUUCCUCUUCUGUAGUACUUCAAUGUUUCUCAUCCACUUGCUUCAACCGCAGAACAUGCCUUUCACUAUAUUGGCAGCUCAUUCCUGAAUGGUGAUUUUCAUGUAUACUAGCAAUAACAGUGUUUUGAUUUUA